UUAGGAGACUCAACAGCACUUGUUCUUUGAGUGCAAUUAUAGCAAGUCUAUAUUCAGAAGGAUUGCUACAUGGAUGGGGAUACAGCUGAGUAACAUGACUGUGCAGUCAAUAAUGCAGUGGAUCAGCAGAUGCAGGGAACCAAAUUUAAGAAACAAGUCUAUGCAAUGGUUCUGGGAGCUGUGGUUUAUCAUAUAUGGCGCAGUAGGAAUGAUGUGUAUUGGUCCCAGUAUGUGUCUACUAUAAAUAAUAUUGUUCAUAGAGUACAAAAAGAUGUUAUAGAUAGAUGCUAUAGUGUUCUCCCAAAAAAAGUGUCUAUAGCUCAUAGAGGAUGGCUCAGAGAGAUUGCUGUCAAUGUGUGUAGGUAAAUGGUGGCUGAGGGCCUUGGGGUAGAGGGUCCAACCUAGUUGGUUUGUCUCCCCUUGGUUUCUCUGUAGGUUGUUGAUUUGAGAUUGGUAUGCAAUAUAUAUUUUCACUUUAGCAAAAAAAAAAAAAAAAAGUAGUGUAAAAGUCAUAAUCUUUUGAUUAUGAAAGAACAAAGUAAGGUUAUAUAUACAUAUAAUAACCUGUGAUAUAGAUAUUUCCCCAGCAAAAACCUUAUGACAAACUAAUUCUUCUAAUAUUUUAUUAGUUGCAACGCUUUCGUUUAAAAAAAAGAAAAAGUUGGAUCAGAGGAGAAUAUAUAUAGUCAACCCAACUUUAUUAAAUCAGUACCAUGUUACAUAAGAAUUUUUAUACAAAAUGAUUUUUCGUGCUUGAUGCCUUGAACAUAUAAUAUAAACAUUGUUAAUAACUAAUAAUUAUGCAUGCUACAUGAUGGAUAUAUAAUAAUACACCAUUUAUUUAUCUACAUUGCGUGAUUAUACUCUACUAGUACUAUAUAUACGAGUUCACAAAUUGAAGUGGAUAUACUCAUUCAAGUCAUCAACUCACUUAGCAAAACAAAAAAAAAACAAAAAAAUGUUGCCAUUAUUCGUUGCGUUGUUGUUAGUUUUCUUCCCAAUAUUUUCUAGAGAAUGUAGCUCAGAACCUCUUGUUCCUGCCUUGUACGUCUUCGGUGAUUCAUUAUCUGAUGCUGGUAAUAACAACCAUAUUCCGCUCACUAUUGCUAGGGCUAAUUACCGACCUUACGGUAUUAACUUCAGCGAAGGUAUCACCGGAAGAUUCAGCAACGGCAGAACUUUUGCAGACCUUAUAGCUGAAUAUCUCGGAUUGCCAAAUUACCCUUUAGCUUAUCGUAGAGACCCAAGGUCCGAGACAGGGUACACCUACGCAUCCGGCGGCUGUGGCAUACUACCAGAAACUGGAUUGGGUUCGGGUUGCGUGCCUUUGGAUCAACAGCUUAUCUUCUUCGAAGAAACAAUUAGUAAAGAGUUGCGCCCAAGUUUCGGAAAUCCAGCAGAUCUUUCUCAACACUUAGCCAGCUCCAUAUUCCUCGUAUGGGUCGGCAGCAAUGACUACCUCCUUAACUAUUUUAAUACGCCAGUUCAAAGUCCUCAAGUGUUCGCCCAAAUUCUUAUUGAUGGAUUAUCAGAUAAAUUAAAGAGACUACAUGAGCUUGGAGCAAGAAAAUUCUUAGUGUUGGAGAUAGGUCCACUUGGGUGUAUUCCAGCUUAUCGUAAAAAUGGUGGGCAUGAUGAGACAUGGUGUGAUGAUGAUAAAAAUUCAAAUGCGAAAAUGUUCAACGAUCGACUUGGUCCCAUGAUACAAGCUUUGACUCCCACCUACUCAGACUCAUACUUUACUCGUGGCAACAUUUAUGAUUUGAGCGAUGAUGCAUUUAAAAAUCCUGUUAAGUAUGGUUUGACCAAUGUUCACAGCUCAUGUUGCACAACAGUACCAGGACAAAUUUUCAAUAAUAUAGUAUGCCGCGUCCUAUUGCCAUGGCAAUUUCCAUGUCGAAACGCACAUGAAUACUUAUUUUUUGAUGGUGCUCAUCCUACUGAAGCUAGCUACCAAAUCUUGGCUCCUCCAUGCUUCAAUGGCUCUGAUGUUUGUGUUCCUUACAAUAUCCAGCAACUCGCGCAAUUGCCAACUAAUUCAGCAAACUUGCGUAGUUCAGCAUAAUGAAUUAGCUCGGAUCGUGCAAUAAACAAGGACUAAAUUAAAUAAGAGGUUGUUUGGUAUGAGAAAAUUUAAUGUAGGAAACGGAAUCUAUGAGCGUUUCUAUGAGUUUUCUCUUAUAAAGUUAUAAUAAUGUAUUGUGGUCCAAAAUUCUAUGAGGUGUUUCAAGUUGUUACUACUUACUAGCUAAAAAUCUUUAUGUUGCUUAGUUAUGAAGAUCCACCUUGUGAUAAAAGGGCUUACAUGCUUGUUAUCUUAAUUACACUUGCAUGAAACAUGCAUUAUUGUUAACAUAAUUACAUUAUAAAGUGGU